AUGCACCGCCAUGCCAUUAGAACAUUCAGCCUAAACAAUUCCCCCUCCGCUCGGAUUUCUCUCCGCUCUGCGACGCUGAUAUAUAUAUCUCCCCUCUCCACAAGUACAUAUACUCUACCACCCGUACAACACAACUCGGGUCUCAGAACAACAAGCAAAAUGCCCGAAAUCAUCGACGACAAAUCCCAACACUGCAUCCCUUUCCUCCUCGACCGCGUAAAAGCCCACCAAGCGCGCUAUGCAUCCAACCCCGACCAAGCCCCGCCAUUGUUUCUGGGGUUGAACGGUGUUCAAGGAGCGGGCAAGACGGUUCUCGUUUCCACGCUGCACCAUACCCUGCGCAACCCCCCCUACUCCCUCCCCGUAACUACCCUCUCCCUCGACGAUAUCUACCUGACUCAUGCCGACCAACAACACCUCGCAACAACAAACCCGCAAAACCCCCUCCUGCAGCACCGCGGCCAGCCUUCCACGCAUGACCUGUCCCUGGGCCUAAAAGUGUUCGAAUCGCUACGUGAGGGCCGGCCCACGAAGAUCCCGCAGUAUGAUAAGUCUGCAUUUGGCGGGCAGGGGGAUCGCGUGCCUGAGGGAAAAUGGGAGGCUGUUAAUAAAGAGGGAGAGAGGAGGGUUGGGGUGGUGAUUUUCGAGGGGUGGUGUGUUGGGUUUCGGGCGUGGAGUGAUGAUACGCUAAGGAAGAUGUGGGAAAAUGCGGUUAGGAGGAAGGAGGAGGAGAAUUAUGAUGGGAGAUUGGGGCAUGUGAGAUUUGAGGAUGUGAGGGCUGUUAAUGAGGCGUUGAGGGGGUAUGAUGCGUUGACGGACCAGCUUGAUGCUUUAAUUCACAUCGACGCGCAAAACAUCCACUAUGUCUAUGAGUGGCGACAGGAGCAAGAGCGCACUCUGCGCGCGACCAAAGGCACUGGCAUGACCGAGGAACAAGUUAACCACUUUGUCGAUGGCUAUUACCCGUCCUACGAACUCUUCACGGAGACACUCCGCAACGGCGCUUUUAGAAAAGAGGGAGUUCCCGAGUCGAAAUGGAAGGGGAAGCAGUUGCGUCUGGUUGUUGAUAAGAACAGGAGGGUUCAGGAGGUCCUUUUGUACUAG